AGGAUUCCCGCAGGCGCAGCUUUGGCCACCCACGGUCGUCCCCCCACCUGAGCCAACCCGGCAAGCAGGCGAAGGAGGCCCUGGAAACAUGGGUGACUGGGGCUUCCUGGAGAAGCUGCUAGACCAGGUCCAGGAGCACUCGACGGUGGUGGGCAAGAUCUGGUUGACUGUGCUCUUCAUCUUCCGAAUCCUCAUCCUGGGCCUUGCUGGUGAGUCAGUGUGGGGCGACGAGCAGUCGGAUUUUGAGUGUAACACAGCCCAGCCAGGCUGCACCAACGUCUGCUAUGACCAGGCUUUCCCCAUCUCCCACAUCCGAUACUGGGUGCUGCAGUUCCUCUUUGUCAGCACACCCACCCUGAUCUACCUGGGCCAUGUCAUCUACCUGUCUCGGAGGGAAGAGCGAUUGCGGCAGAAAGAGGGAGAGCUGCGGGCACUGCCAUCCAAGGACCUACAUGUAGAGCGGGCGCUAGCCGCCAUAGAACAUCAGAUGGCCAAGAUCUCGGUGGCAGAGGACGGUCGUCUUCGGAUUCGUGGGGCGCUCAUGGGUACCUAUGUGGUCAGUGUGCUGUGCAAAAGUGUGCUGGAGGCAGGCUUCCUCUAUGGCCAGUGGCGCCUCUACGGCUGGACCAUGGAGCCCGUGUUUGUGUGCCAGCGUGCGCCCUGCCCCCACCUCGUGGACUGCUAUGUCUCUCGACCCACAGAGAAGACUAUCUUCAUCAUCUUCAUGUUGGUGGUGGGAGUCAUAUCCCUGGUGCUCAACCUUCUGGAACUGGUGCACCUGCUAUGUCGGUGCGUCAGCCGGGAGAUAAAGGCACGGAAGGACCACGACACACCCCCAGUCCAGGGCAGCGCUUCAGACCCUUACCCUGAACAGGUUUUCUUCUACCUCCCCAUGGGCGAGGGACCUUCGUCCCCACCAUGUCCCACCUACAAUGGGCUCUCAUCCAGUGAGCAAAACUGGGCCAACUUGACCACAGAGGAGAGGCUGACCUCUUCUAGGCCUCCCCCGUUUGAAAAUGCAGCCCCUCAGGGUGGCCGGAAGACCCCUAGUCGCCCCAACAGCUCUGCAUCUAAGAAGCAGUAUGUGUAGGACCUGGGGCUCAUGUUACUCAAGAGAGAGGUCCUGAGAACUAUGUCCAUCUUGGAUGCCUCUCAGGUGGCCCCUCCUCAAAGGCACUAAGGGGACAACUGGGACACUCGCUGGGCAGAGGACCUGAUUACAGGUGGUUCUGGAAUACUUUGUGAUGACCAAGGGACACCGUGGCUUCUUUCCAGAAUGUGACUCUGCCCAGAUUCGGUCACAACAGGUGGGGGUACUCCUGGCUAAGGGUGCUAUGGAUCCUCUGAUCUUUUCACCUGAUCCAGAGGGACCCAGAGCCAACUGGACUUGUUGGGCCUCCCCUACUGGACUGCACCCUGGGUUUUCAUCACACCCUGUCCUCCUGGAAGAAGGCUGAUGCAGGCUGCUGGCUCGGCUUCAUCACCUGGACAGACACAGCCUGCGCUGGAUCUGGCCCUUUCCGGGGGAACUGGUUGGUGUCUUGUUUCUGUCGCUCCUUGUCCCAUUGUUUAUGCUUCUAAAAUAAACAUGACUUGAUCAUAA